AUGACAAACGCUAGCGAUUUCUACUAUUCUGAUAAAUACGAAGACGAGGAAUUUGAGUACCGGUAAGAUUUCAUACGUUUGAGUCACGGCAGUUUUAGUCAUGUCCAUGUUCCGAAAGAAGUCGUCCGUCUGGUGCCAAAAAAUCGUCUUCUGAGUGAAAGUGAGUGGCGAAGUCUGGGAAUUCAACAAAGUCCGGGGUGGAUCCACUAUAUGAUACAUUCUCCUGAAAGGCAUAUCCUGCUUUUCCGCCGUCCGAAGACAGCCUCCAAAGAUUCAAACAUUCCAGCGGCUAACAAGGUUGGAGUUCAUUAG